AUGAUAUUCGAUAAUUAUUUUUUGUAUUUCAAAUGUAUAAUUGAACUUUAUUUUUAUAUAGUUUACUUAUAAUUAAAAUCAUCCAAACAAUUUAUUUUUUAUACAAUUCUUCAAAUAUUUAUUUUAUAAACAAAAAUAUUGAAUUAAUUAUUUAAUUUAUUUCUUCAUUUUUUCAAAAAUCUUAUUAAAAAAAAAAAAUUGAUAUUUUAUCUAAUACUUUUAAUUUAUUUAAUAUUUGUUUCUCAAAUUUUUAUUUUUUAUUUUAUUUAUUUUACUUAUUUGCAUUUAAUUAAUAUUUAAUAUUUAAUUUUAACUUUUUUGAGUUUUUUAUUUAUUUCAUUUUAUUUAUAUUUAUAUUUUUAUUUAUUUAAUUAUUUUUAUUUUAUUUAUUUUUAUAUCUUUUAUAUCUUCAUCUUUAAUUGGCUAUCUUCAUUUCUACAUAAUGAUUUGCUACUUAGUUGCUUAAAUAUGCUUUAAAAAUAUUUGUAUAAUAAUAGGAAAAAGAAACUGAGUCCUUAUUAUUCAGGUUUUUAAAUCUAUUAGAUUUUUUUUCAAAAAGAGGUGUUAUAUGAUUUGUUCGCAAGAUUUUCCCUACUUCAGCAAACAUAUGUGAUGUAAAUAAAUGAAUUUAAAUGCGAUAAAAAACUAGGAAGUUAUUAUAAAGUGGCUAAACUUUAUUUUUUCGAAUGUUUAAAAUGA